CCGGUACAACACCCUGACUGGGGAGUAUGGGCUGUUCCCACGCGACACGACUUUGCAAGGAUAUAAACGCGAGCCUCCACUUAGUCAGGGCAGCACCCCAACCUCAUAUUCCUUGUCCCCGAAACCCUCGCUGCAUUCCCUCUUGCACUUCCUGCGCUGGUCAUGUCUUGGGUGAUUAAGACCGCUGAACGUGUGGUACAGGAUACCGCGAACGUCGCGACAACAUCUGGCAUGCCAUGCGCUGGUAUCGCUCAGUCGCUCGGUCACAAGCAAGUUAUUCCGACCCUCAGACGCGUAGAUGAUGCAGUGUCAAGGAGCCGAAACGAGCUUCGGCGGGACGUUCUACCUGUUCAACGGAAGGCAGAACUUCAGAUUCCUGUGGAUGAGUGAGUUCAUCGACUACCUUCUUGAGCAUUCUCACGACUUUCGCCGCUAGUAUUGCAAACAGCAGCAUUGGAUUAUGGAAUGCCUAUCAGAAAGGCGGCUGGUUUACACGUUUGAAGCUCAUUCCUAGCGCAUCCGCCCUGGAGCGGGACGCGACUGAUCUAUAUUAUGAUAUCAAGCGUACAUCUGACCUACAUGCAGCACAUCAACAUGGGGCCUUCACUGAUCCUGCGCUGCAUGCACAGUCACUACUGGAGCUGGAGGGAUGGGUCGGGGUGCACGUCGCUGGAAAUGAUCAGAACCCGCCGGUUUCUGAGCAAGAGCCUGAGCAUGUGCCCAUUGCCGAUCAUGACGAAGACGUCUCUCUUCCUGCAAUGCCAGCAGAAGCCAUUCCAUUGCAAGUGUUCCCCAAGGCUCAAGACGAGACUGUUGCUCCCGCGUAACGACCUCCUACUGGCGACGGCCGGUGAUUGAUGAUCUAUGGCGCAGUCUGCACAGACGCUUGUGCUCGCCACCCGACCCCCGUCAAGGGCUGCUGCUGUAGCCCCAUCGUAUUCCUUGCGGGUAUGAUUACCUACGGACUUGUUAUUGCCUCGGAAUGUAUUAGCCAAUUGCCUUGGAAUGUAUUAGCCAAAUCCGAUUAGGUAUUUCC